AUGGAGGAUGGUGGGAGAGCCCACACUGCCAUUGUUGGCUGGGCCUGCACGACCCUGUGCUUGGUCUCCUAUGCGGCCGCCUUCUCGCAGGGUGCGAGCCUUUCCGCUUGCACCGACAUGAUGCCCAGGCACCUGAGGGUGCAGCUGCACAGCUCCAACAACAACUACGUCACAGUCCACACCAACAUGUCCUUCUACUUCCCAGGAGACAAGGUGCCAGUGACAGUAAGAAGCACCCGGGAUUACAUGGGCUUUAUGCUGCAAGCUCGCAAAGUGUCCAACAACGAAAUUGCUGGCACGUUCAUCUUCCUGCCUCCUGGUUCCAAGCUGCUGACUUGUUUCGAAGAUGGUGACACUGUCACACACUCGGACAAGUCGCUGAAGAGAAACCUGUCCUUCGUAUGGAAAGCACCAGAUCAACCCAUGGGAGACAUCAAGUUUUUGUAA